AUGCAGAGCGAUGCACCGCAGGCGGGGCAGGCGGGGCAUCCGCCAGCAAGCCCCAGUGAACAUCAUGCACCACAAUCGCAGACCAGUUCUUGCGAACCUCAUGCACCACAAUCGCAGUCCAGUACACCUCAGGGCGAUUUUCACGUGAAUGCAUUGACUGUGACAUUGCAUGGCCCUUGGUUGUCGCUCAAAGCGCCGUUUGCGCAGAUUGACACAGGUCUGGUGGCAAACAAGUGCACAAGCCUGUGCUACGUUGAUUGCACAUUGGCUUUCCCUAGCCUGCCGAUUGCUUUCAGGACCACAUUGCACAACAGCCCGCGUGGCUGGAUGUUGCAUACGCUGAACGAGGAUCUGUCAACUUUGGAUGAUUUUGAGGCUAGGUUCGAGGCUGCAUUUCCAAGGCCCAAGAUGUAUGAGACCAUCACGAUUGGUUCCACGUACCGGCUUGAUGUUCGCCAGUUGUUCCCUGAGCACUCUGAUCACCCGCUUGUGGCAGUGCCAGUGCCAGAGGAGUCAGACGGUGACCCGUCUCCCGAUGCUGCCAUGGACUUGGAUGUCAACAUUGAUGCAGGCGGCGUUGACUUGGGAGCCAACGGAGGAGAUGCAGAUGAAGGCGAGUCUCCCGGUGCAGCGGGUAACGCUCCCGGUGAGAAACCUGUUGUCGUUGAUGGCACUGAAUUGACCCUUGAUUGCACCCUCGCCACGUUGCGGGCCGCGGCACAGAGUCUUGGGAUAGGUAAGUCGGGUGGUAAGGCGACAGUUCUUAAGAAGAUCAAGGAGUUUCUUGCGCGAAACGAUUUUCUGUGGGCCAACCUUCCGGCUGAUGUGCAGCUGCCUCGUGAGCAGGCGCCAGUGCGAGAGCCAUCCCAGGAUGAAGUGCGCAAGCAUUCGCUGACGCACAUGCCAUUCCAAGCAUGGUGCGCUGAAUGUGUUCAGCAUCGUGCCCGUUCUGAUAGACAUGAGAGGCACCCUGUUGGCGACCGUGAGCAUGCGACAAUUUGUUUUGAUUUUGCUUACACGAGUCGGCCUGAGACCCCUGAGCAGAAGCUCGUGUGCCUAGUUGCGUCUUGCAAUUUUACCGGUGCAAAUCAAGCUUGGCCUGUUCCGGCCAAGGGCGGCAAUCUGCAGCUCAGGUACAUGACAUCAGAGCUUACAGAGGUCACACUGCGCAGUGACCCAGAGCCGGUGUGUUUGUCGUUGCAAAAGCUUGUGCAAGCCCAGCGUCUUCGACUUGGAUUGCGGACCCAUCUUGAGCAGAGUGAGCCUGAUGAUCAUGCGGCCAAUGCGGCCGAACCUGCGGUCGAGACCCUUCGACAGCUGACCAACACGUUGCUUUCUGAGUUUGAGUCCCGUGCAGGUGUCAAGGUGGCAUCGUUGGAUGCAAUGCACGCAUGGGCAUGGCGGCAUGCAAGUUUCAUUCAGCAGCGGUUCACAAGAUCGCAAGGCCAGACUCCGUUCGAGCUGGCGUGUGGGCGGCCCUAUCAGGGCAAGCUUGUGUGCAUUGGUGAGACAGUUUAUGGAAGAGUUAAAAGUGCUGUGAAGGGACAACCCCGAUGGGGCAUAGGUUUGUGGUUGGGAAAACUUGGGUGUAGCGACGGCCACAUAGUCUUCACUGCUUCGGGACAUUUUCUUGCUUGCAGGUCGAUUCGUCGCUUACCGCAAACUUACUUAAGGAGUGCUGAUUUUGCAAAGCGCCUGCGUGAUCAUCCCUAUUCCCAGGCUGCUUUUCUUGCGGGCCAAGUUGGACAGUGCAGGCCGCAGAAAACACGUGAUGCACAACAAGCACCUCCAGAGCCACGGCCAGAUGAGAGUGUCCCGGCCGGUGCGGAUCCACUGCCGUAUCCUGGCUAUGUUCUUCCUGACAAUGCACCGCUGAGUGAACUUGUGCCACCACCAGCCAUCAGAAGUGAUUUUGUGCCAGAGCCACCGACGCCCAUGCAGGAGGACAGUGGACCUGUCACGCCAUUGCAGCCAGCACCUUCCGAUGCAGAGGUUGUGAGUUCGCCUCUGGCUGUAGUGCCAGACGCUGAGGUGUUAGCCGAGGCGCCAAAUGCUGAUCAUGCCACGGGAUCGUCCGAUCCUGCUUCUUCGUCUGAGCCAGCGGCCGUACGUGUGCCUACCAGGGCUGCUGAGCCGAGUGCAAACGAGCCACGCAAACGGCUUCGUCUUGACGCUGUGACGUUUGAAGGUGUCGACAUGUACCACAACCACGAGGAGAAUGAUUUUGAAUUUGAGGGUGAAAUUUUAGAGGAUUUUGAUUAUGCCGCGGAGGCCGAUGGAGCCCAUGAUGACACGCGGCCGGAGUCAAGCAUUCCUGAGUGCUUGUUGGUCCCUUGGAGUGAGCAUGAGCCAGAGCUGAGCGCUGAGCAGCUUGCACAUGUAGAUGCAGUUGCAAUGCAGUUUGAGGUUGAUCGUCUCCUUGGGAUUCCUGCUCUUGAGCGUUGUGCACAGAUCCUGCCAGAGCACAAGCACUUGACCACUCGUUUUGUGGUAACAUGGCGCUGCAAGACCAUUGCAGGUUGCACAUACUGGCUCCGGCGAGCCAGGCUUGUGGCACGUGAUUUUGCAUUUUUGUGCCCAGGCCGUACCGAUCUGUUUUCCCCUGCAUCGAAUGCUUUGCAAAGCAAGAUCAUCCCAUGUGUCUUCAUUGACAACUACCAUAACGGUUGGCAGUUGGUAUCAUUAGAUGUUACGGAUGCUUACUUGAAUUGCCCGCAGGCAGAGGACACAUGCACAAGUGUCAUGAUCAAUGGUGAACGCUUGUAUUUCAAGCUUCUCAGGCUCCUUCCGGGCCAGCGGGAAGGGAGCCAGACCUGGUUCUACCAGUUCACCGAUGCGCUGAAAGUCGGAAGCCGUGUCGAGCUGAUGCAAGAGGUGCCAUCGCUGUUCCGGUUCCAGCCUGAGGACGGCGGAGGCGGGGGACUUGUGCACGUCGAUGAUUUGCUUGGCACAGGACCUGCAAGUGUGAUCAAGUGCAUGACUGAUGAUCUUGAAAGGGAUUACAAAGUGACUGUGAAUUUGAUUUCGGUGCCAGGCCAGGAGGUUCAUUUUCUUAAGAAGCGGCAUUAUCUUUUGUCGAGCACAGAGUUGCUGAUUGAGGUGAGCCCAAAACACUUGGAAAAGUUGAAAUCUUUGUGCGGCCAUCCCAAGCACCGAAAAUCACCUCUCCCGUCCGGGCGGUUGCCCACGGAGAAGGAGGACGAUGCACCAUUGUCCCAGGAUCAGGCAUUUCGCUUUCGAUCAGCCGUUGGAGUGUUGCUUUACCUGCAGUCAGACCUCCCGCAUGCCAUGCACAGCAUUCGCCACUUGUCAGGCUUUAUGUCGUCCCCGACCGUUGGGGCAUGGGCAAUCCUGCGGCAUUUGGUCGGUUACUUGAGUGCCACUGAGGGGUACUGUGCAUGCCUUACGGCCGGAGGCAUCGGACACGGUGUGCAAGUGCAUCGCCCAGGGAUCAAUCCAACGACACCACCGCUCUUGAUGAUUGACAAUUCCGCUGCCCGCGCGAUCCUUCAACGCGCCGGGGUCGGGCGUGUGCGCCAUCUUGAUGUGAAGUUGCUAUGGACGCAACAACGGGUUGCGGAAGGAUUGCUGGAGGUGCUGCCGGCACCCACGCGUACCAAUGUCGCGGACAUUGGCACGAAGCUCCUUGGUGUGCAGCGCACGGAGUUUCUGCUUGGCCUGAUUGGGUUUAGAGAUUCCCGAAAUGGUUAUGCUAGGGUUGGAGAUGCAAUCUUGAGCACAGAGCGCAAUGUCCAGGCCAUUCGCAAUGUGUGCAAGGAUCUGUCAAAGAUCGCAAAGGGUGAUGCCACGGCAAACACCGCCCGCAUCCUUAGUGUGAUCUUGAUUGCCAUGCAGGCAACUGGAAGCCUGGGUGCAGAGGAUGGCGAUGAUGCCAAGGACGACGACGCGACUUUGACCAUUCUUGAUGCGAUUCUUGAAUCCUUGGUACAGAUCGUCGGCUAUGCAUCUGCAGUGUAUGAAGCAUACCCUUCAACAUGUGUUGCGGUGUGCCAGUGCGUUGCAAUCACUGCAUUCUUGAUGUGUGCAUUCAUGUGUUGUGGCCGGCGGAUGACAGAUGUUCCAGAAGCAUCUGUGCAGGUGCGCAUCGCGUCUGGAGUUGCGGUUGAUGUCCGAACAUCCCGAAGUGAGCCCAAGGCCAAGGCUGGUGAACAAGUGCGUGGAGCGCGGCCCAAAACCGCGAGUCGACCGAAGAUUGAGGACGAUGAUGAGCGAGCCCAGAGCCCUGGUGCGCACGAGGUCCAUGCAGGCAGACCAGGGUCAUCCAGCGAUGUGCUGAGAUCGAACAGCGAGGCCAGUGGGAGAUCCGAGAAGAUUCCGAGAGCACGCCCGAUUCCGCAGCGCCGGGUGCCACAAGCCCGAAGCGCAGACGGCGUGUGGAUUUCGACAAGUCAAGGAUACGCUUAUCAUAAGGCUACAUGUGGCAAGCUGAACCAGUCGCUUGGCGUCACCGAGGUGUCGCGGGCAGUUGCCGAGGAGCGCGGCUACAGCGCGUGCCGCAUAUGCAAACCUUGA